GUAACAACCCUCUAUCCCCAGAUUGCUGUGACACCAGUGAUGGGUUAAGGAAAAAAUGACAAAGCCUGAAAAUAAUGGAAAAGACAGAAGUAGAUGUUUAUUAAGUAGAACCUUCUAGAACAGUAAAGAAUACUCGCCAUAAUUUGAUGUAGACCUAAGAUUCUCCCUUGUGUUCUAACUCACCUUGAAUCAGAACUAAAUGAAUAAAGGAGAAUUCAACAAACUAAGCACCUGUUCAAAGUGACCUCAUACGUUGGUGAGCCAGUUUUGGUGAUUGUGGGUUACUGGAGGACUGGGCAGCUCUAGAUGUGAGAUGCUUUUAACAUUUUUCCAGCAUUAGGAUGUCUCUAGCUUCCACAAAGUUGAUUUCAGAUGAAGCCAUGUGGUUUAGAUCUUUAAAAUCCCUCUUCAAAGAAAUUUCCAAGGAGUUUUUCAUGUGCAAAAUCUGCUUCUGUCUCUGAACUACCCACUUUCCAGUGAAUUUUUCUCUGUAUCUAACUGCUGUCAAAUAGGAGGCAGCAUUUUCUGUAAAUAGCGGUCUUGUUCAUAAACACUGAAACUGUCGCAAUGUCUAGUUGAAGUGCAGCAAAUUAAGCAUGAAGCAGCAACUUUCAGGAUCAGCUUUAAGAAAACAGCCUCUCCAUCUCCUUGUGUGAAAAAAAUUUAAAGACAGUACACUUUCUUCUUAUAUGCAGGCAACAAUUCUAAAGAUUUCAUUCACAGUUAUUCAAACAUUAAGUAAAUUGUGCGGGUAAAGAAAUGUCUUCUUAAAGGACUAUAUUCCAAACCCUACCAGCACAGUUUAUUCAUUGUAAUAGUUGUAGUCCCACCCAUUCUCAGUCUCCCUCAGGCCUCUCACAGAGGUCAGAUGUGUUUUUAUUAACUAUACCGUGGAACUGGUAAGCAGAAAACCUUCCCACCCUUCCCUUCUACUAAUCAUCAGACAAGCGACAGUUUUAGAGUGGCCACACCCAGUUUGUUAUUGAAUUCAAAUGUUAAAGGUGGGUAGUUUCUGUAUUUUUCUUAACCUUUCGCCCUUAUUUAUAACACAGUGUAUUCAAGUGACAUUUGUGUACUGGCAAAAAUACCACAUUAAGGAGCUUUCUGUAAGUAACAUCACUCUUCAAUAAAUCAUUGGUGCAAACUGUUAACUAGAACUGUGGAAUUCAAUAGUGUAUUAUGUAUCUUGUAAUUUGUAAACAAAGUCAGAUGUCAAUUUGUUUUCAAGUUGGCAAUUUAUUUUUCAAACUGCCAGUGAAGGAUUGUGGAGUGGUUUAUAUUACAGGAUUAAGACUGGAGUUGCCAACUUUGCUGAUCUUCUUGGGAAACAAUGGAAAAAUCAAGCUGCACCCAAACUUUUAAAAAGUUGCCACUAAUCACUGGCCAUUUUUGAAAAUGUGGGUAUUAAUUUCUUGGUACCUAACAUUUUCAUCUGUAAAAUGGGGAUAAUAAUACUUAAUCAGCUCACAGGAGUAUUAUGAUGGCUAAAUUAUUAAUGUUUUUAAAGCAUGUUAAGAUCCUGUGAUGGAAUGUAUCAUAACAAAGCAAAAUUAUUCUAACUUUGAUAGGCGGAGGAGUACAAAGCAUACUUUAUCAUACUCCUCUAUUUUGACAGUUGGAAAAAUACGAAUAUUAGACAACCAGAGGCCAAACUUUGGAAGAGCUACAAAAAAUGCAUUUGCGUAUGCACUAAUUAGGGAAAAAAACAUGACAUAUGUGGGGAGGAACAAAGCAUACAGAAAGUGGUAAGGACCUCUUGAAAGAUUAUUUGUAUAAAAGAGAAAAAGGAGAACUACUAAUACAGAAAUCAAAGAGACUUAAAGAUAAUCUUUUAAAGCAGAUGCAGCUAUCAGUUUCAAAAGAUGGAUUUGUUCAUUUUGGAGACACUGUGAUGCUUCUGAGCCCUGAAAACAAUAAAUCACCUAUGGAGAAUUAUCCUGCAGUGUGUGGUAAUCUAACCUUGGCUGUUAAUCCAGAUGAUAUAAGAGUACAUACAUCUGAUUCACUACAAGCCCCCUGUGGAGUGAGCGCAGUGAAAAGUGUGAAGCCUGUUGGUCGAAAUGCAUUUCAUAUCCUAAGUGUUGAAGGAAAUUCUAUGGGUGAACCAAUUAGAUUUGGGCAGAAUUUUGGUCUUGGGACAACAGGUGGUUUUGCUGAUCAAAUGUUAUAUCUUGCAAGUGACCAUAAAUCAUUUGUUACAUUUGCUAAAAAGUCAUACCUUCAGCAAGUAUUUCUGACAGAUGAGCUCUCCUACCUGACUUGUUGGCAAGCUACCUUUUUGGAUCCACAGCUUCGUCUUGAAUAUGAAGGAUUUCCAGUUCCUGCAAACAGUAAAGUCCUUAUCACUCACUGCCAUACAAAUCGGGGAUUAGCAGUUCCUAGGAACUACUGGCUGAGGUCAUACUUUGGAAAGGUAUAUGAAGUCGUCUGUCACACCUAUUUGGAUUCCCAUAAAGCUGAAGAAGAUAAGAAUUACUGGAUAAUAGUCACUGCGAAUCCCAGUGAUGAUGAAAGUAGCAUGUUUGACAGACCUAAGCCUCCCUCAGAGGAGACCAGAGAGAGAGAGAAAAAUGAACUCUGUGCAGGAACAUAGAAUGUAAUAGUCCAAGAUCAAAAACAUUUAUUUUCAUUAUGCGUUUUCAAAAUGAAAAUUCAAAUUUUGAUGAUAAUUAGAG